AUGAGUAAACGGAAGCAGACUCGCAAAUUUGCAGUGAUGAAGAAAACACUCAACUUAAGAGAUGACAGAAUCAAAAAGCUUGAUCGAGAUAAGCUUCGAGAUGCUAAGAAGGUUGCCAAGGCGGCUUCUCGCAUGGUGGUUAAAAAUCGAAGUGAGCUCGUCCCCUGCUUGAGGGAUUCUUACAAUGAGGCCCUUGGUCCUCCCUAUCACAUUCUUCUCGAUACAAACUAUGUAAACUUUAGCAUCAAAAAUCGACUUGACCUGUUUAAUUCCAUAAUGGACUGUUUGCUAGCGAAAUGUUUCCUCUACGUGACGGAUUGCGUCAUGGGUGAAAUUGAGAAGAUGAUUCUUCGUGACCCUCGGAUAGAACGUUUGACCUGCCAGCAUAAGGGAACAUAUGCUGACGACUGCCUGGUGGAACGAUGUCGGGCACGCUGCUACAUAGUUGCCACGUGCGAUCGUGACCUCCGACGUCGAAUUCGGAAGAUCACCGGUGUACCAAUCAUGUACAUUCACAAUCACCGGGUCACUAUUGAGAAGAUGCCGAUGGCUCUCGGUGCUCCCAAGAUAUAA